AUGACUUUGGAGUCCGUCAUGGCGUGCUGCCUGAGCGAGGAAGCUAAGGAAGCCCGGCGGAUCAACGAUGAGAUCGAGCGGCAGCUGCACUGGGACAAGCGGGACGCCCGUCAAGAACUGAAGCUGCUGCUGCUGGGCACAGGAGAGAGUGGCAAAAGCACGUUCAUCAAACAGAUGAGAAUCAUUCAUGGAUCAGGUUACUCUGAUGAAGACAAAAGGGGCUUUACAAAAUUGGUGUACCAGAAUAUAUUUACAGCAAUGCAGGCCAUGAUCAGAGCCAUGGAUACCCUCAGAAUCCCAUACAAGUAUGAACAUAAUAAGGCUCAUGCACAGUUAGUUCAAGAAGUUGAUGUAGAGAAUGUGUCAACCUUUGAGAACCCCUAUGUAGAUGCAAUAAGAAGUUUAUGGAAUGACCCUGGGAUCCAGGAAUGUUAUGAUAGACGAUGAGAAUAUCAGUUAUCAGAUUCAACUAAAUAUUACCUUAAUGACUUGGACCGCAUAGCAGAUUUGACCUAUCUGCCAACUCAGCAAGACGUGCUUAGAGUUCGAGUCCCAACAACAGGGAUCAUUGAAUAUCCAUUUGACUUACAAAGCGUCAUUUUCAGAAUGGUGGAUGUAGGAGGCCAACUAUCAGAAAGAAGAAAAUGGAUACAUUGCUUUGAAAAUGUCACAUCUAUCAUGUACCUAGUAGCUCUUAGUGAAUAUGAUCAAGUGCUUGUGGAGUCAGACAAUGAGAAUCGAAUGGAAGAAAGCAAAGCACUCUUUAGGACAAUUAUCACAUAUCCAUGGUUCCAGAAUUCUUCAGUCAUUCUGUUCUUAAAUAAAAAAGAUCUCUUAGAGGAGAAAAUUAUGUACUCCCAUUUAGUUGAUUAUUUCCCAGAGUACGAUGGACCACAACGGGAUGCACAAGCAGCACGAGAGUUCAUCUUGAAGAUGUUUGUAGACCUGAAUCCAGAUAAUGACAAAAUUAUCUACUCCCACUUCACAUGUGCUACAGACACAGAGAAUAUACGCUUUGUCUUUGCUGCUGUCAAGGACACAAUCCUACAGUUAAACCUGAAGGAGUACAACCUGGUCUAA